AUAUCUUAUCCAUUCAGAUCCCUUCCUUAUUCCUUCUACGAAUUUUCUCAAACAAACCCAUACACGCAUACACACAAUCCACACUUUUCAAACCCUCGAGAUCAAAGCAAAAGCAAACUUUUCAAACAAAGACACACUCAUCCAACAAAGAUGCGUACAUCACAGAUCCUCAGCCGCCUCGGCGCCUCUCUUGUCUGCGCAGCAAGUCUGGUCAAGGCAGCAGCCUACACCGUGGAAGACACUUACGACUCUUCGAACUUCUUCUCACAAUUCAACUUCUUCAGCGCCGCUGACCCAACCAACGGGUUCGUUGCCUACUCCUCAGCUGUCACAGCCAAUAAAUCUGGACUCGCCGGUUACGCAUCUGGAGGUGUCUUUUUGGGCGUUGACCACACCACCACAAAUCCUUCCGGAGGACGAGGUUCCACUCGUGUAUCUUCCAACAAAGCCUACACGCACGGUCUCUUCAUCGCCGACAUAGAACAUAUGCCCGGUGGAAUCUGCGGUGUUUGGCCCUCACUCUGGACAUUCGGUCCCAAUUGGCCCAACAAUGGUGAAAUCGACAUAAUAGAAGGAGUCAACGACGCAACCACCAACACAGUCACGCUGCAUACCUCUUCUGGCUGCGCCAUGACCUCGACAGGCUCUCUCUCAUCCUCCAACCUAACCGGGACAAAUUGCAACGCCGGAAACGGUAACGACGGCUGCGGUUUCUCAACUGCGUCCACGCAGGGUUACGGCGCCGGAUUCAACGCCGUUGGAGGAGGAGUCUAUGCCAUGGAAUGGACCUCGACCUCUAUCAAGAUCUGGAACUUUCCCCGCGCCUCAAUCCCCGCCGACAUCACGUCCAGCUCUCCCGACCCGAGCACCUGGUCCACGCCCGUAUCAGCCUUCUCCUCUGGCUCCGACGGCGGCUGUGCAAUCGACUCCCACUUCUCAGGACACAACAUCGUCUUCGACACCACCUUCUGCGGCGACUGGGCCGGCAACGUCUGGUCCAGCACUCCCACUUGCUCUGCGCUAGCCUCUACCUGCGAAGCAUACGUGGCGGCCAACCCGGCUGCGUUUGCGGAGGCGUACUGGCUGAUCAAUUCCGUUAAGGUGUACCAGGGCGCAAACACGAGUACGAAGAGGGAGGUGGCUUUUAAGGCUUGAUGGACAGAGCUGGUCUCUCUCUACUUAUUUCGAUUCUUGUCCCUCGGGAUCCUGUUACUUUACUUUACUUCACUUCUUGCAAAUGU